AUGAGUUUUUUGAACCCUCUGGUAAUCACACAUGCGGUUAAACUUCCGCCGGCGGCUACCACCGUACCAGCAUCACUCGUUCAGCCACAGGUAAUUUCAGCACAAUUAGGGCUAUUGAGUAAUGCGCUGAAAUCCGACCAACCAGUAUCAGAACUCGCAGAUAUCCUCAAGCUCGCCAACCCAGCGGCGCCUGGUGCUCCAUUAGAGGAUGUAGAGGCUAUUUCCAACAAGGGACUCUUGUCCGGGCUGCUUAACCCCGGCGGCUUGUUAUCCACGUUAACGAAACCGACCGCUAUUCCAGAAAAAUUGGCGGCUGUGACCAAUGUUCUGAAGACGGGAAGCCCAUUAGAUGAUGCUGCAAAGCUUCUAGGUGCGGGUGCAUUGCCAGUACCAGCUUCUCAGGCCGUCUCCACCGCGCUAUCAACUAUAACCGGCGCACUCUCAACAAACAACUUGAUCUCCGGAUCCGAGAUAGGUGACAGUGGGAGCCUUCCGAGUCUCAUCCCGAAUGCUGUAUCUGGGGCGCUCUCUACGGUGACCAAUGCCUUGAAAUCCGGCAAUCUGAUUCCUGGUCUUCUAAAAGGGUCUCUAGGUGGCUUAGCUAACGUCCCACCUUUACCGAUACUAUCUGAUAUCAUCCCGGGGGUGGGUGACAAUAAGGGUCUGGCGAACUUGUCUCCGGACUUAUUAUCCGAAGCUGUGGGUACAGUGACGAAUGCGCUGAAGUCUGGGGACUUAAUUCCCACAGAUCACAAAGGUCCCGAAGGAUUACCGCUUCCAUUGCCGGAUCAAGUCACCGAUGCUCUCUCUGCGAUUACGAGUGCGCUUCAUAAAAACGAUUUGCUUGCAGAUGUCACCAAACUACCCGCCACGAUCCUACCCAUACCGUUGGCACAAACAGUCUCCGAAACACUCGAAACUAUUACCACUGCCUUGGCCUCUGCUUUAAGCUCCGCUGAUGCCAAAAACUUAUCUAGUGCCAGUGGUUUGCCGAAUCCUCUAACUAAUGUCAUAUCAGAGACUCUCGAUACGGUGUCUGCGUUACCAUCUGAGCUAGCGGAGACCGUCAAGAGUGCCUUAGGGAAGAUAUCCGACACUCUGAGGUCUAGUGAUCAGCUUUUAGAUGCAGUUGGUCUUCCGCAGUCCGCUUUGCUAGCACCUGUUACUUCUACUGUCGCCGACACACUUGACGCGGUUGCUUCCCUCCCACCACCAGUCGCAGACGCCAUCUCUGGGAUUAUAGACUCUGUCGCAGAUGCUGUAAGAAGUGGUGAUAUAAAGAGCACCGGACCUAGGGCAACCAAGCCACCUAAGUCAGUUACUUUUGAAGUCCCUGACGCAGAUAAUUCAACCAAUGCAAAUCCGGUGCCGGAUGGCCACAAAGGGAAGCGGAUUAUCAUCUGCUGUGAUGGAACGUGGCAGGACUCUGAUGCCGGUGAUGCGGGAUUUCCAACUAAUGUCACACGCUUCGCUCGCGCUCUAAAAAGUGUGAGUGAUAGCGGAGUAGCCCAGAUAAUUUACUAUCAGAGUGGGGUUGGUAGCGCGUAUGCAUCAAAGCUUGGAAGGCUUAUAGCGGGGGGUACUGGGCUUGGCCUCUCAGAACAUGUCCGAGAAGCGUUUGUAUUCAUCAGCAAUAACUACCAUGUUGGAGAUGAAAUCCACAUCGUUGGGUUUUCUCGGGGCGCAUUUACCGCGAGGUCUAUUGCUGGACUCAUGGGAAGGAUCGGCGUACUCACAAGACGAGGGAUGGAAAAUUUUGGCAAAAUAUACGAGGACUACAUCAACUUUAAACUGAGAGACGAUGCAUGGAUCGACAAGCAGGGAUGGGAAAGGAUUAAAGGCGUUUCCAUUAAAACAAUCGGAUGCUGGGAUACUGUCGGGGCACUUGGGAUACCGACAAGCCCUGUCAUUGAGAAAUGCAAAUGCAACGACAAGUAUAAGUUCCACGACACUGAUUUAACAGCUUUUACUGAAAAUGCCUUCCACGCCCUUGCACUUGAUGAGCACAGAAUGCCAUUCACACCAACCCUAUGGCGAUUGCCCAACCUGACAGAAAGGCACGCAGAUAUAGUACCCAAUCUGAAGCAGGUGUGGUUUCCAGGCGUUCAUACCAAUAUCGGUGGAGGCUACAAGGACCAAGAAUUAUCCGAUCUCACUCUUGUCUGGAUGAUUGAACAAUUCAUUCCUUUCCUGGGAUUCGACCUUAACUAUGUCAAGUCUCUCAGGGAAGUGUCCAGCAGCAGCGACUGGGCUUCCGGCGCGAUUCCUAAUUCCUUCGUCGGCGUAAUGAAAGUCACAACAAGCAAAGUCAGGACGCCUGGCGGCUACUUUGGAGAUCCACCCAAAUCACCUCUAAAGCGGGCAAUGACGUUUGGAGCAGGGGUUUUUGGUCAACGCGGGGUCAGAAGUGUCACAAAUGAGGAGAUUCACCCAAGUGUCCGAGGGCGCAUGGUUGCAAGCAACGGUGAAUGGUGCAGCCGUGCGUUAUUUGGGUGGUCAUGUGACAAAAAGAUUGUGCAAACAGCUACCGGGCCGGCUGAGAAAUGGGUCUGGACAAAUCCCAAUAAUGGAACUGAGCUUCUUGAGUCAGAUAUGGGGGAACAUGAGAAAGUACUAGCGGGAACGGAAGUUGUAGCGAAGUUGGCUUCAUUGGUGACUGUACCAUUGAGAAAGAGUAAGGGUGCAGGGAUGGAUAAAGUUCCCGUUGAUAGCAAAUGGGCAGAGAGAAUCAAGUGA